CACCUCCAGGAGAUUCCAUCCUCCAGCGGCAAUGUUUCCACCAGCUUCACCUGGGACUGGGACUCCAGCAAGACCUCGGAGUUUCUCUCUGGUAUGGGAGUGUCUGUCCUUAAGAAUGACAAGCUGGGAAACGAGAACAUGCCGCAGGACCUGUCGGUGGCCUGUCCUCCCCAGAAACGGCAGAGGGGGAAGGAGAAGGAAAAAGAGUUCGUCAUCGUACGCCGGCCUCGGCUGCUCAGAGAGGCAGAGGCAGGGAACCUCCCCCUGGGCCGGGGUGGUUCUUGGGAAGCAAUUCCAGAUGAAUUGAUUCUGGCAAUCUUUGCAUAUUUGCCCCUGAGUGACUUGCUGAAAGCUUCCCUGGUUUGCAAGAGAUGGCAUUGUCUUUCGUUUGAUGAAUCUCUCUGGCAGACUCUUGAUCUGGCUGGUAGAAAUCUGCCACCAGGAGUGAUUGGACAGUUGCUGCCUGCAGGUGUUAUUGUAUUCCGCUGCCCAAGAUCUUGUGUUUGGAAUCCAUUGUUUAAAACAAGCAAACCUCUCAGAGUUCAGCAUAUGGAUUUGUCAAACUGCACAGUGUCUGUUGCAGAUCUUGAGAGUAUUCUUUGUCUGUGUGAACGGCUGCAGAACCUCAGCUUGGAGGGACUAGAGCUUUCUGACAAAAUCAUCAAGAGCAUUGCUAAGAAUUUUGGUUUGAUGCGACUAAAUCUUUGUGGAUGCUCAGGGUUUUCUGCAGGAGCCUUGGAGCUGAUGUUGAGCAGCUGUUUUAUGUUGGAGGAGCUGAAUUUGUCCUGGUGUGACUUCACAGCCACCCAUGUCAGAACAGCAGUCAAUCAUAUUACUUCAAAAGUUACCCAGUUAAAUUUAAGUGGAUACAGACAGAACCUACAAAUACGAGAUGUUAAAACACUGGUGGAAAAAUGUCCUUUUCUUGUCCAUUUAGAUCUAAGUGACAGUGUGAUGUUGAAGCCCGAGUGCUUCCAGUAUUUUCAUAGACUCCAUUCUCUACAACAUCUGUGUCUAAGCCGAUGUUAUCAGAUAUCACCUGCUGCCUUAAUAGAACUUGGUGGAAUUCCAACAUUAAAGACUCUUCAGGUAUUUGGAAUAGUAACUGAUACCUCCCUACAGCUCCUCAAGGAAACGCUUCCUAACAUGAAGAUCAAUUGCUCAUACUUUACAAGUAUUGGAAGGCCAACUGUUGGCAGUAAAAGGAACCAUGAGAUUUGGGGCAUCAGAUGCAGAUUGACGCUGAGAGAUUCUGGUGGCUUAUGA